AUGUCGCUGUUCAGCGAGGAUGACGAGGAUGAAACUACUGCCGCAGGAUCCCCGGUCAAUGAAGGUGACGGUGACACCGUAAAGACGGAGGGGGCUGUACGGGCUGUGCCCACAGAAGUGAAGAAGAAGAAGAAGAAAGCCACCAAGCGAAAGGAGGAUGCCCAGGAUGCCCUCCCGCCUUCCGGCGAGCGCGACAGUGGUCCGUCCGAGCUCACUGACGCAGUGGAGGAUGAGUUCGUGCAACCGCGGGACCUCGAACAGGGGCCCCCGGCUGGCGGGACGGCUGGCGGGACGGUUCAGAACGUGGUGACGUACAUCGCGGAUACCGUGGCCGAGACGGUGGCCACAGUAGCAUCUGUCAUACCGAGUGCCCAGGUGGAAGAGUCUGAAGAUGUCCCAGAGAAAACGAUGUCCUCCAAGUCUGGUAAGGUGGUCAAGGGAAAACUCUUCGCGGCAUCCGACGCCUUGGCGCGGUAUCAGAGUCUGGGACAACGGUUGUACCAGGCGGCUCGUGUUGGCGAUGAGAAACUUGUCGAGGAGUUGAUCCAGAAGGACGCCAAUCUGGAAGAAUGCGGCAGGGAUGACAAGGAAUCAUUGCCGUUCUACCUCACACCGCUUCAAGUGGCAGCUUUCAAUGGCCAAGACAAAGUGGUGCAAGUGCUUCUGGACAAGAAUGCGAAGAUAGAAGCCUUGGGACAAAGUGAGGGCAACAAGAAAGACCUCAAUUGGACCCCUUUGCACCUGGCUGCCCACGGUGGCCACACAAGCACCGUGGAGCUGUUGCUGUCGCGCGGUGCGAAGUACAACCCUAAGGAUUGCUUUGACAGGACACCACUGGAAGUGGCCAGUGGCACUUCAGGCUUAGUCUUGGCCACGAAACCCAAUGCCAUGCAGAUCUCACGCAAGGACCUCAUCACAUUGCUGGAGAAAGAGGGCCAGAAUGCCACAGAAAUCAUUAAGACGUUGAUGGUUGAUGCUGUGGCCGUGAAUGGGAAGGGCCAUGCCAGUGUGGAGUGGAAGGGCGAAGCUCGUUUAGCCGAGCGUUUGCAGGUGGUAACCUGUCCGAGGUAUACUACCAACAUUCGGACGUCCUUGACAAGGCAGUUUCCCUUGGCCCAAGUCAGGGAUGACGAUUUGGAUCUGAAAAUGUUGGAUAUCAAUUUACUCUACUUCCCGGAGGUUAAGGUGCUUCUAAAGGCAUUGCCAUACUUCGAAGCCUCCAUGGUGAGCGACCGAGAAGUCUUGGCCGCUUUGGCCAGCACGGGGAAUGAAGCGACCUUGGCCACCGACACCGUACAGGCGAUGAUUGCCGCCGCAUGGGCCAAGGUGCGGAGCCGCACGGCCGCCGAGAUCAUGCUGAACGCCAUCAACGUCUCGCUGCUCUGCUACGUCUCGGUGGCCUUUCGCACGGGCCAGGCACCACCCGAUAAGGUGUUGUAUAUCCUGAUCUUCAUUCACAUGAAAAUGACCUUAGAAGAGCUGGCACAACAAGUGCAAGCCCUUGGUACUCAGCUCCACAAUGCUGCCAAGUCCAUCGUCGACAGUCAGACUGUGACCCUUCCACCCUUUUUGGAUGUCGAUCAGCUCACAGACCUUGGAUAUCAGAUCUUAGGCUGCACUGCGUUGUUCAGGCAGAUACAAAGCCCAGAGAAGCUGGAGAAACCGUUCAUGGCUCUCUUCAGCGCUAUGGCGUGGUUCAGGUUCUGUUACUCUUUAUGA